AUGGCUGAAGUCCCGCCCGCCAUCAUCGAAAGUCGUGCAGAAUAUAUCAUCGGCUCUGUUAUCCUGAUUCUGCGCUGGUUUGUCCGCAUCAAGAAGAGAAGCAUUCGUGCCUGGUACUGGGAUGACUGGUUCUCAGUCUCAGUCUGGGUAUGGCUGACCGCCCUGUUCGCCAUGGUGGAAUACCUCGCCAUCGUCGGUGCACCGCUCGGAUUUACCCAAGAACAGCGCGAGGCUUUGACACCGCAGAUGAGGGUCGACAUGACCAAGGGUGCACAAGGCAUGUUUGCAUCAUUCUUCAUCUUCAUCAACUUCGUGUGGAGUGCCAAAGCUAUUCUGAUCGUCCUCUUCAUGCGUCUGACGCGCCAGACACCGUUGUACACUUACAUGCUCGUCAUCGUCGGCAUCUCCAUCGCGUGCUGGCUUGCCGCCAUAAUCGCCACCUUCACCCACUGCCUGCCCCUUCAUCGAAAUUGGCAAAUUCUCCCCGACCCCGGUUUCGAGUGCUCCGCUGGCUACACGCAGAACAUUGUAAUCGCGACUGGCAACGUGCUCGUCGACGCGUUGCUGAUUGUGGUUCCCAUUCAGACAAUGCGGGAUCUCCUGAUGCCUACGUGGCGCAGAAUUGGCAUAACCUUCCUCCUCUCCCUUGGAGUUUUCGUCAUGGCCAUGGCCAUUGCGCGGUGCAUAUUGUCGGUCGACCACGGUCCCAAUGCCGCCCAGUCGUCCGUGUGGGUCUUCCGCGAGGCCCUCAUCACCAUUUUCGCCGUCAACGCGCCUGCGCUUACUGCCCUAUUCCGCCGCGAUACAUGGCGGUCGCACAGGACUGGAAGCAGCGACUCGGGCAUCCCGAGCAAGCCCUCUGGCUUUGCUCUGCAGGAUUUGCCGCCCACCAUUGGGGGCACGGGCCAGCCCAAGAGCGCCAACAGGAAGGGCGGGGAGAUCUACAAGAUGACCGAGUUCGAGACGAGCAGCAGGGAAAGCACAAGCAACCUGGUGGAGCUGGAGAGGAACUCGAGGAUCUUGCCAGAAAGUCUCAGAUCUUGA